UCGUGGUCGGUCGCGACGCGAUCGUAAACGUCCUCGUGAGCGUGCAAUGCGGAUCACAGCAUGGACGACGGGAAUAGGAGGGCACGGAGGGCACACGGCAUGGCGGAAUGAGGUGGGGACCCGGCGAGAGGUCGGGAAGAGAGGCACCAAUAUCGAACCGGCGGCGCCGGUGGUGGAGGCCGUGGUGCGCGGCCAGAGUGCAUUCCGUGAGCGGUAGACGCGUAUCGCACGACAGACAGUCGCCGCGAACAGGCAUAAUCGACGCUCAAGUGUGUCGUUUAUAACGUCGGUUAAAUAAUCGAUCACGUUUUGCAAUUCAUUUUUUUAUCUUUUCAAUUUUCGCGAGUGCGGAAAAGAAAGGAAAUCACGAGGAAACGCGCGCACGCGUGUGCACCACGCGGCACACCGGAAGAGGGUCCAACUGAGGAAAAGAAGUGACGUUUUCCGCGUUGACCGGUGAGAGGAGAGACGCAUCGUCUGCUGUCGAUGUACGUGGUGGUGGUUGUAGGAGGGUGUGGUGCGCGGAGAACAGGUGUCCACGAUCGGAACUCGACCGUGAAACGAGCGCAGGCCGGAAACCAGCGGGACCAGUGCUGCUUGUUCAGCAGCAUGAAAUUUCGGACCGGCUAGCCUUAACCCGGAAGCCUCGCGUCGAAACAUCACACGACGAGAGGAAACGUUAAACGGAGCAGGUGCGCGGUGGCGAACCAUGUCGCAGACACCGCCAAGUCCUGCCGGCAGCCGGGCCGGUCCCGGCAGCCCGAGCACGCCACGUGGUGGUCGACUACGUGACAGAGUCAACUACUUCGUGGGGCUGUUCGAGGACAGGGAGGCCAGACGAAACGCAGACGCUCAGUUGCGAUCACCGACGAAUCCUAGACCAUCGCCAGGACCUGCGUCUCGACCGUCCUCCAGGACAAGCGACUCGUCGUUCGAGGAGAGCUUCGAACGAAUGGUCGAAGAGGGCGAAUUGAACGGCUCGAAGGUGGUCAAAUUCGAGAAAAUCACGGUGCGUAAGAGCGUGAGGGAGAUCGGCGGAGUAUCGUCGCAGCAGCAACGUUUUCUGACCGAGGCUAGUAGGACACCGAGCGAGGAACACGCCCUCGAGGACUCGGCUUAUCAGAGUCACAGUCAUGGUGCCCCGAAUCAUGGGAGUAAAUCGAGUUCGGUCACCUCGUUCACGAGGUUCCCUUCGGAGGAGAGUUUGCCGCAUAGGAGGGGCAGCAGCCCUCAGCAGCAUCUGGACGAUCGAACACCCUCAGAGUGGUACGCCGAGUAUCGGACUCAAAGCUUUCACAACGUAGCCACGAGGAUCGAAUACGUGCGCAGUAAGAGCGAAUAUGACGCACACAUCGUUGAAAUUAAAGACGAACAAGAACGCGUACAAAAGAAGACCUUCGUUAACUGGAUCAAUUCCUACCUCUCCAAGAGAAGUCCACCGCUUCGAGUGGAUGAUUUGAUCGAAGACCUUAAAGAUGGUACCCGCUUACUCGCAUUACUCGAAGUUCUGUCUGGCGAGAAGCUGCCGUUCGAAAGAGGUCGUAACUUGAAGAGACCGCAUUUUCUUAGCAAUGCCAACACCGCGCUGCAGUUCUUGCAGAGCAAAAAAAUUAAAUUGGUGAACAUAAACUCAUCCGACUUGGUGGACGGACGACCGCCAGUAGUGUUGGGUCUAAUAUGGACCAGUGAAAUAUAA